AUGGCGACAAUCCCGUUCCUCGUCAACUACUACGGCAUCAACAGAUCAUGCUCGAAUCUCUACCUGGCUCUUGAAAUGGGGAGGCCGGUGCGUGACCUAUCAAUAUCUCCUGGGUGUGCUCCGAGUCCGGUAUAUCCUUACGGGGGCAACAACAACACCAACACCCCAGAAUCGAGCCCAGAGGUAUUGGCCGAUUUCACUGCCCGCGGUGCGGAAAUACUGGAGAGUCUUAGAAUCACCGCCACUACAUGCUCUUUAUCGUCAUCUUCCAGCAGCACAACCACGGCCAGCACGGCGCUUGAAACCGCUGCCACAGCAGGCAUCUUCUCAGGCGCCAGCAUCGACCGGCUCGCACAGUCCUACAUCUACCACCUGCAACGCCAUUUCCCGUUCGUGCACCGUCCUACGUUCCGUGUCGCGGCUGCGUCAAUACCGCUCUUGCUGGCCAUGAUACUGGCCGGGUGUGUGGUAGAUGCAACAUAUGAAUCACCACUGCCUGUGCCGUCGGAUCGCGCGACGUCGGUUGCUUCUAGCUUACAGCUCGCCGUGGACUGCUUUGAUCUCGCUGAGGAUUUAAUUUUUAGGCUGCCGUUGUUGAACCUGAAGGAUCUGGCUAAGAGCCACAUUCACAGUCACAGCCAAACCGCAGCGAUCGAAACCGAUACACUCAUGGCGGCCAUCAUCAUCGUCAGCCUGCAGAUUGGGCGCAACGACAGCGCGAUUCGCCGCAGGCUGCGCCGUCUGCGCCUCCCUGCCUUGGCGGACGCGGCCAGGGCCCUGGGCCUUUUCGGGGUUGCCCAUCGCGAUCCCGGUACUCGGGAUGAGGAUCAAUGGCUAGGCUGGGACUCAACCCGGCUUCAAAAGGAGAUAAGCAUCAGGCUUGCCACCUCGAUCUUUCUCCUGGACUGUCAGCUUACUGGGUGCACCUGCGUGACCCCGUAUAUCGCCGUUGAAGAACUCACAAGAGGCCUCCCGUGCAGCGAGAGCAGUUUCAUAAUGAAGACUGGGUUCCCCACAGCGCCCUCGCCAUUAGAGGACCCAUCCAGCAUUGCCGACAUUCCCGUCUCCUUGCCCACCGUGACGCUGGUCGAGACAAUCCGCAUCCUCGUGGCAGAGACAGAGGCACCUUCAGGAUCAGAAUCCAGCUUCUGGCUGCAGCUUCAGAGUAUUAGCGUCCUAGGACUGUUCACAGUCGUGGCCGGUAUGUUCUCCCACCCCAAUAUCCACGCGGUCCCAAAACAAUCAUGA